AAAAAGACACGCUGCGCUCUUAGAGACUCCACACGCUCAAAGCGAGACGCAAAAGCAGCCUUUUCCUUCAAGAUGUCACCUGGAUACGACCUGGAGGAGUUCAGAAAGAUAUGAGGAUUGCGUGGUCGGAGUUUAAUUUGAUUUGUAGAGUCAGAGAAAUCAUUAAAGCGAGAUAGCUCCACCGGCUCCUCGACUUCUGUCUGACUUUUUAUCCACUUGAGAAGCGCGGCAUCUAGAGUAGGUGAAGAUUUCCUGCGACUGCGAGAGCCAUUUGAACACCAGCUGGACGCCAGACUGAGCUUCUGAGAAAGUUUGUUACCAUGAGCUCCGAUAAGAAAGUGGAGGAUGAGGCAGUCCUGGACAGAGGAGCGUCCUUUGUCAAACAUGUCUGCGAUGAAGAGGAAGUGGAAGGUCACCACACUGUGUACAUUGGUGUGCACGUUCCCAAGAGCUACCACCGGAGGAGACGCCACAGACGCAAGUCUAGCCACAAGGAGAGGCGGGAGCGGGCUGAUCACAGCACUGAAGGAUACAAGUCGGAUGGGGAGAAUGCAGAUGAGUCGACCACAAACAUCCUCAAACCUCUCAUUUGUCCAGCUGAGAGGAUCAGGUUUAUCCUGGGAGAGGAAGACGAUGGUCCCCCGCCUCCUCAGCUCUUCACCGAGCUGGACGAGCUCCUGGCUGUGGACGGGCAGGAGAUGGAGUGGAAGGAGACAGCCAGAUGGAUCAAGUUUGAGGAGAAGGUGGAGAAGGGUGGCGAGCGCUGGAGUAAACCUCAUGUGGCCACGCUGUCCUUACACAGCUUGAUGGAGCUCAAAACAUGCAUCGAGAAGGGCACCAUUAUGCUGGACCUGGAGGCCUCCACGCUGCCGCAGGUCGUUGAGUUGAUCACUGACAGCCAGAUCGAGUCCGGCCAGCUGAAAGCUGACCUGAAGGAGAAGGUCGUUUACACGCUGCUAAGGAAACAUCGCCACCAGACCAAGAAGUCAAACUUGCGUUCCCUUGCUGACAUUGGCAAGAGUGUUUCCAGUGCAAGUAGGCUGUUCACAAACCAGGAGAAUGGUAGCCCAACUACCGCCCACAGAAACCUCACCUCCAACAGCCUGAGCGACUUCUCUGACAAACCAGAGAAGGAUCAGCUGAAGAAUAAGUUCAUGAAGAAACUGCCCCGGGAUGCAGAGGCAUCAAAUGUGCUGGUUGGAGAGGUAGACUUCCUGGAAACUCCCUUUGUGGCGUUUGUUCGUCUGCAGCAGGCCGUCAUGCUGGGCGCUCUGACUGAGGUUCCCGUGCCCACAAGAUUUCUUUUUGUCCUGCUGGGGCCCAAAGGUAAAGCCAAGUCCUAUCAUGAAAUUGGAAGAGCCAUUGCCACCCUGAUGUCAGAUGAGGUGUUCCAUGAUAUUGCCUAUAAAGCGAAGGACAGGCAGGACCUGCUGGCUGGCAUUGAGGAGUUCUUGGAUGAGGUCAUCGUCCUGCCCCCCGGAGAGUGGGACCCUGACAUCAGGAUAGAGCCUCCCAAGUCUCUGCCCUCCUCAGACAAGAGGAAGAACAUGUACACUGGAUUAGAGCCGCCUCAGAUGAAUGGCGACACUCCUCAUGAUGCGGGACAUGGAGGGGGAGGAGGACACGAGGUCGGAGAGGAGCUUCAGUGGACCAGAAAGUUUUGUGGAGGUCUAGUUCUGGACAUCAAGCGGAAGCUGCCAUUUUUUGCCAGUGACUUCUAUGAUGCUCUACAUAUCCAGGCUCUGUCGGCCAUCUUGUUCAUCUACCUAGGCACAGUUACCAAUGCGAUCACAUUCGGAGGCUUACUCGGUGAUGCCACAGAAAACAUGCAGGGAGUGCUGGAAAGUUUCCUGGGUACGGCACUCACAGGAACAGUGUUCUGUCUGCUCUCCGGUCAGCCCCUGACGAUUCUCAGCAGCACAGGCCCCGUGCUCGUCUUUGAAAGACUGCUUUUCAGCUUCAGCAAAGACAACGGGCUGGACUACCUUGAGUUCCGGCUGUGGAUCGGCCUGUGGUCGGGUAUAUUCUGUCUGGUGCUGGUCGCCACAGAUGCCAGCUUCCUGGUGCAGUACUUCACCCGAUUCACCGAGGAAGGCUUCUCUGCGCUCAUCAGCUUCAUCUUCAUCUACGACGCUUUCAAGAAGAUGAUAAAGCUGGCCCACCACAACCCGAUCAACGCCGACUACGAUCCCAACCUCAUCACUCACUACGACUGCGUCUGCAUGCCUGGCAACUCAUCAGACCUCCUUGAUGUCUCUGCGUGGACGAACAGUACAGAUCUGCCAGCGAAUGCCACCUGGGCGUCCUUGUCCAAACAGCAGUGUCUGAAGUACAACGGGCGGCUGGUCGGAGAGGCCUGUGGCUUUGUGCCUGACAUCACCUUGAUGUCAAUCAUCUUGUUCUUUGGGACCUACACCUGCUCCAUGGCUCUGAAGAAGUUCAAGACGAGCCGCUUCUUCCCCACCACCGUGAGGAAACUCAUCAGUGACUUUGCGAUCAUCUUGACCAUUUUGCUGUUCUGCGGCGUGGACGCCUUUGUUGGUGUGGAAACUCCAAAACUCAUAGUGCCAAGUGAAUUCAAGCCCACGAGUCCACUGAGGGGCUGGUUUAUUCCUCCAUUUGGAGGGAACCCCUGGUGGGUGUACCUGGCUGCUGCUCUCCCCGCUCUACUGGUCACCAUUCUGAUAUUUAUGGAUCAGCAGAUCACUGCUGUGAUUGUCAACAGGAAAGAGCACAAACUCAAGAAAGGGGCAGGCUAUCACCUGGACCUGUUCUGGGUGGCCAUCCUGAUGAUCAUCUGCUCUUUCAUGGGCCUGCCGUGGUACGUGGCUGCCACUGUCAUCUCCAUCGCCCACAUCGACUCUCUGAAAAUGGAGACUCAGACGUCGGCCCCUGGGGAGCAGCCCAAAUUCCUGGGCGUCAGGGAGCAAAGAGUUACCGGUAUCUUCGUGUUCCUCCUGACGGGACUCUCUGUCUUCAUGGCCCCUAUCCUCAAGUUCAUCCCCAUGCCUGUGCUCUAUGGUGUGUUCCUCUACAUGGGUGUGGCGUCACUCAAUGGUGUCCAGUUCAUGGACCGCCUGCAGCUGCUCCUGAUGCCCGCCAAGCACCAGCCGGACCUGAUCUACCUGCGGCACGUCCCCCAGAGACGCAUCCACCUCUUCACCUUCAUCCAGGUCCUGUGUCUGGCACUCCUCUGGAUCCUCAAGUCGACCGUGGCUGCCAUCAUCUUCCCUGUCAUGAUCUUGGCGUUGGUAGCCGUUCGUAAGGCGAUGGACUACGUGUUCUCCCAGCAUGACCUCAGCUACCUGGAUGACGUCAUCCCAGAGAAAGACAAGAAGAAGAAAGAGGAUGAGAAGAAAAAGAAAAACAAGAAGAAGGGAAGCAUUGACAGUGAAAUUGAAUUUUCUGACUACCCUUACCAAGACAAUAUCCCCAGUAUAAAAAUCUCUAUGGAUAUGAUGGAGCAGGAGCCCAUGUUGGGUGAUAAAUCUAAGGAUAGAGAUGAAUCCAAGACUUUCCUUAACCCGCAUUCGUCGUGCUGAGCACUACUUUGAAACUCCCACAGUGGCCGAGUGAUCUUGAGAGAGGCCAAUACACAAAAGGUUCGCCUCAGAUUCGGAUAGACAGGAACUCUGACGAUAACACUUUCUUCUGGAGGAAGGGCUCU